CGUUCACGCAGUAUUAAAGCACGACCGCGGCUCUACAGCGAGCGCACGAGAGGCCGAGAGAAGGAGAGAGAAGGAACUACAGAAGAGAGAGAGAGAGAGAGAGUGAGUGAGAGAUAAAGAGAGAGAGGGAGAGAAGCGGGAUUAGGAUGGUGAUCAGGGUUUACAUCGCCUCUUCGUCCGGCUCUCUCGCGGUAAAGAAGAAUCAGCAGGCCGUGGUGGGCUUCCUGGAGGCAAACCGCAUCAGUUUUGAGGAAGUGGACAUCACCAUGCAGGAGGAGCAGAGACUGUGGAUGUACCAGAACAUCCCGGCAGAGAAACGGCCACAGAAGGGCAACCCGCUGCCCCCCCAGAUCUUUAAUGGAGCAGAUUACUGUGGGGAUUAUGAAGACUUCUUCCAAUCUAAAGAAACCAACACGGUGUUUUCAUUUCUUCACCUCAACUCUAAACCCUCAGUGAAGGAUUCUGAAUCCUAGGCUAUAAACGUUCCCUCGACUGAAGCACUGUGGCGCUGUUUUGUGAUGUAUCUUUCUUCACGGGAGUGUGAAGCCCUUACUGCCAGCCAUGCUUUUGCCAAACACCAAAACCUGCUGCCCACCAGCCCCUCACACACACACGUUUACACUCAGAGGAUUAAAGAGACCUUUCCUGGACAGUUAUUUCUGAUUCUCUUACUGUUAUUGCUGUUGUUUUUUUAAUGUUUGUAUUGUUGCAUGACCUGCUUGAUCACAUUGACGUAACUUGUGUUAAACCUGUGUAUCACUGUGUAUCUGGCUCUAAUCAGUGUCUGAUAAAUAAUGUAAAAUGUUUGUAAGCAUCUGUAUUCAGAAUAAGAGUUUGAGUAUGUGCUCUUCUGAGGACAUGCUUUGUUGUCUUCUCUAUGUAUGAUUGAUUUUGUUUGGGCAAAUGCCAGCAUUACUUGAAACAAAGAACUGCCCUAUACGUGCUCCGCCCACAAUUGUGUUCUUUUAUAGCAACUGUUUAUAGGGUGGUCAAGCUUUACAAACAUUGGUAAAAGUACCUUUUCAGUGAUUCCCAAAAGGUGCAACCAUUUAAGCUUUGGCCACAUUAUCAGGAGAUUACUAUUUCUGGGGAUGCCAUAGCCAUCUGUGGCUGGGACAUAGGUAAUAUAACAAAAUUGGCAGUUAAUGUUCUUCUUCAAGUGUGUUGAGCUGUCCAGUACUAUUUAUGGCAGUAUGAAAAAGAUGUCCGUACAAAAGUUAAGUUUCCAAUAUGUUAAAUUCAGCAAGCAAAUACAUAUUAUGCACUGAUUUAAGUUUGUUCACUGUAGAGGAAAACUUAAAUAACCAAAAAACCACACACUCAAGAGUACUAAGGUGUGAAUUCUUCAGUGAUUCUGCGGUGUAAGAACAUGUCAUGAACAGUCAUAGACUGUUUCUCAGGAUCUUUCUCAAGAACACAUUUAAGAGAAAACUUAGGAAGAUAUUGAUGAAUGAGGCCCAAUGUUGUGCAUCAACUCUAAGCUAUGGUUUCUUAUUAUGUUGAAUAUGAUAUUUGGGUUUUUUAUCAAUAUUCUGAAAAGCUUGUCCAACCUAGCACCAGUUGCUACAAAAGUGGCCCUGUAUGUUUUUGCGUAUAUGUGUGUGUGCGCAAGUGUGAGUUAGUGAGAGAUAAAUGAAACUCCUCUGUGGAAUAAAGAAAGGUAUUUCACUGAGACAAACAGGGAAA